GGCUAGCGCGCCAGCAGGGCCAGAGCCGGCCUGGGAACCCGCGGAACCGAGCGCAACGAGCGGAGCGCCUGGGUGGCGGCGGCGGCGCACGCUAUGGCUCCGGCUGGAGACCGCGAGGGCUACUGGGGCCCCACGACCUCCACGCUGGACUGGUGCGAGGAGAACUACGCGGUGACCUGGUACAUCGCCGAGUUCUGGAAUACAGUGAGUAACCUGAUUAUGAUUAUACCUCCAAUUUUUGGUGCAAUUCACAGUGUUAGAGGUGGACUGGAAAAGCGGUACAUUGCUUCCUAUUUAGCACUCACAGUGGUAGGAAUGGGAUCCUGGUGCUUCCACAUGACUCUGAAAUAUGAAAUGCAGCUAUUGGAUGAACUCCCAAUGAUUUACAGCUGUUGUAUAUUUGUGUACUGCAUGUUUGAAUGUUUCAAGACAAAGAACUCUGUAAACUACCAUCUACUUUUUACUUUAAUUCUGUUCAGUUUAAUAGUAACCACAGUUUACCUUAAGGUAAAGGAACCUGUAUUCCAUCAGGUCAUGUAUGGAAUGUUGGUCUUCACAUUAGUAGUUCGAUCUAUUUAUAUUGUUACAUGGGUUUAUCCAUGGCUUAGAGGACUGGGUUAUACAUCCUUGGGUGUAUUUUUAUUGGGAUUUUUAUUAUGGAACAUAGAUAACAUCUUUUGUGAUUCACUGAGGAACUUUCGAAAGAAGGUGCCACCUAUCAUAUCUGUUACCACACAGUUUCAUGCAUGGUGGCAUAUUUUAACUGGCCUUGGUUCUUAUCUUCAUAUCCUUUUCAGUUUAUAUACAAGAACACUUUACCUGAGAUACAGGCCAAAGGUGAAGUUUCUCUUCGGAAUCUGGCCGGUGAUCCUGUUUGAGCCUCUCAGGAAGCAGUGAUGAAUUAUUUCACCAGUAAAACAAAAUAGCACGUACCAUAGACCUGGUCAAAUGAUUAAGGAAAUCUUUAGAGAUCUACAUGUUCAAAUAUAUCAUGACCAUCGCAGCAAAGGAAUGACUUUCUAAUUCUGCCAGCCAUACAGAGAAUGAGGAAUGGGGCUUGUUGGAUGUUUAGCUUGUGUCUUUAUCUCAUUUGUCUUCCUCCUCCUCACCAUCACUCUAAGAUGUUUCAAAAGAAACAGACAUGAUGUGUAUGUAUAUACUCGAAUGCUGGAAAUAUUGGGCUUUUCUUAACAGGUUAACAGUUUGUGCUGAUCAUAGGAAAUUAACCUUUUUCCUUUUUUGACAAGGCUUGCAUGUGAAUUAAACUUUUUUUAAUAUUUGA